GCCUGCGAGCAACAACUUUCUCAGAUUGACACAGAAUGGAGAGAAGCUGACGCACCGUUAUUUACCGGACCGUUAACUUUCCUCCUCAAGCUUUUCCUCAUGCCAUCACAGCCUACAUGCGCUGCUAGACGAGGGGAAAACAACUGAAAGAUAGUUUUGUAACAGUCUGACAACCCCAGAGCUGACAAUUCCCCCUGACUGCUUUUUUUCUUCUUUCUUCUACUUUUUGGAUACUUUAACCGCGUUAUUACGCAUGAUGCGCAAAGGGAUGGCUCCACUUCGGAGACACAAAACGGGAGUACAGAAUGUUUUUUAUGUCUAUCUCUCUAUUUCAGUGGCUUAUUCUUACAAUAUAGACUUAGAACAUCCUUUGGUGUUCCGCGGACCCAAUUCUAGUUUUUUUGGCUAUUCUGUGCUGGAGCAUUAUCAUGACAACACACGCUGGGUAAUAGUAGGGGCACCAAAGGCAAACUCUACCUACAGUAGCUCUGUGCACUCUCCUGGAGCUGUAUAUAAGUGUCGAGUUCACAGCAACCCAGAGCGCCGCUGCACAGAGAUGGAUCUGGGAAGAGGAAACAAGCUGAGAGAGUCUUGUGGGAAGACGUGCCAAGGGGACAGGAAUGAUGAGUGGAUGGGGGUCAGCCUGGCCCGCCAGGACAGAGCAAGCGGCAAAAUACUGGCCUGCGCUCACCGUUGGAAAAACGUCUACUAUGAAUCGGAGCAUAUCCUUCCACAUGGAUACUGCUCCAUUAUUCCUCCCUCUCUUCAGGGCAUGACGAAGCCACUCAUCCCUUGUUAUGAAGACUAUAAGCAAAAGUAUGGGGAAGAGCACGGCUCGUGCCAAGCCGGGAUAGCGGGAGUUUUUACGGAGGAGCUGGUGGUGAUGGGGGCACCGGGGUCAUACUACUGGACUGGGACAAUCAAGGUGUACAACCUGACUUCUGACUCUUUCUACAGCCCGAAUAAAGAAGACGUGGACUCCCACAGAUACAGCUACCUUGGCUAUGCUGUGACUGCUGGACACUUCUCGUCUCCUAAUGUGAUUGACAUAGCUGCAGGGGCGCCUCAGCACAGCGGCAGUGGAAAAGUUUACAUUUUCAAAAUCGACGGUGCGUCUUUGGUGAAGAGUUUUCAAGCCUCAGGGAAAAUGAUGGGCUCUUACUUUGGCUCCUCAUUGUGUGCAGUUGAUCUGAACCAGGACGGCCUGUCGGACCUGCUGGUGGGGGCACCCAUGCACAGCCAGCUCCGGGAUGAGGGCCAGGUGUCUGUGUACCUCAGCAAGGGCAACGGGGUGAUGGAAGAGGACGCGGUUUUGAGUGGUGACAAUGCUUUCAAUGCACACUUUGGAGAAUCUAUCGCUGCAAUUGGAGACAUAGAUGACGAUGGAUAUCAAGAUGUAGCUAUAGGAGCGCCUAAAGAGGAUGACUAUGGAGGAGCAGUUUAUAUCUACCAUGGGGACGCUACAGGAAUCAUCAAGAAAUACUCCCUGAAACUGUCUGGGCGCAGUGUAAACCCUGGUCUGCAGAUGUUUGGCCAGUCAAUCUCAGGCAAUGUGGACAUGGAUGGCAACGGAUACGCGGAUGUCACUAUUGGAGCCUUCAUGUCAGAUAGUGUGGUGCUGCUGAGGACCCGGCCUGUCAUUACGGUGGAUGUCUCCAUCUUCCUGCCUGUCUCCAUCAACAUCUCUGUGCCACAGUGCCACGAGGGCCACCAGAACCUAAACUGCUUCAGUGUUACUGUCUGCAUGCGCUUUCGGGGAAGACAGCUGCCGGGACAGAUAGAGUUGCUGUAUAACUUGACGGCUGAUGUGGAUAUACGUCAGAAGAGCCAGCCUUCCCGGGUCUACUUCACUCAAAGCGGAUCUCAGAUCAGCCAGAUGAGCCAGCAGGUCAGCUUGGACAUCAACAGGGAGGCGUGCCAGCGCUACACCGCCUAUGUUAAGAAAGAUGUGAAGGAGGUGUUCACGCCCAUCACGUUCGAGGUGGCGUACAGCCUGGGGAAGCAUGUGCUGAUGGGACACCAGGAGCGAGACCUGCCCGCACUUUCUCCGGUGCUACGAUGGAGGAAAGGAAACAAGAUCGCAGUGAGGAAUGAGACUUGGUUCGAGAAGAACUGCCUGUCAGAAGACUGUGCUGCAGACCUGAGGCUUCAUGGGAAACUGCUGCUCUCCGGGUUGCAUAGCAAACCCCAUUUGGCCCUCGGAGGAGUGAAGAAUGUCUCUUUGAACCUGACCAUCUCGAACACUGGGGAUGAUGCCUACGACACCAACAUCUACUUUAACUUCUCCAGAGAAGUUUUCUACAUCAACUUCUGGCAGAAGGAAGAGAAGGGCAUUUCCUGUGGACUUGUAGAUUUGGACUUCCUCAAAUGCAGCGUGGGAUUUCCCUUCAUGAGAGCUCAGACUAAGUAUCAUUUUGCAGUGAUUUUUGACACGAGUCAGCUUUCAGGGGAAAAUGACACGCUGCAGUUCUUAGUUCAAGCAAAAAGCGCCAAUCCUGAGCACAAACUCUCUGACAACAGUUUGGAUCUCUCCAUCUCUCUGGUUCAUGAGACCGACACGACUAUUACCGGUGUGGUGACGCCGAGCUCCUUUGUAUACGGAAACUCCAUCGAUGCCUCGCGCUUUGUCCAGUUGGAGGACAUGGAGUGCAACUUUCAGCCCCUCAAUCUCACUUUCCAGGCUAUAAACAAGGGGCCCAGCAGGCUGCCUGGCUCCACUGUGGACAUCAGGAUACCCAACCGGCUGGCUGGCAGCGGGGCCGACAUGUUCCACAUCAUUGAAACACAGGUGGUCGACGGUCGAGGAAACUGCACCCCUCACAAGAACCCGACACCUUGCACCAUCCCACAGGACAGAGAAAGCAUCUUCCACUCCAUAUUUGCCUUCUUCACCAAAUCAGGACGCAAAGUCUUGGACUGUGACCGGCCUGGUAGAGCUUGUAUGACGAUCUCCUGCAGUCUGGGCCCGCAGUUAAAAGAAGAAGCUUUGAGCAUAGAUAUAAAACUUCUCCUCAACACUGAAAUUCUCAAGAGGGAUAGUUCCUCUGUGAUCCAGUUUGUAACACGUGGCAGUGUGCAGGUAAAUGACAGGGCAGUGGAGGUGCCAAAGGGCCUGCCAGAGGACAUUUCUCUGGUGUUCGAGGCUCUCCACAGUCAGGAGCCGAGGGGUUACGUAGUCGGCUGGAUCAUUGCCAUCAGUCUGCUGGUGGGAAUCCUCAUCUUUUUGCUGUUAGCUGUGCUACUCUGGAAGAUGGGAUUCUUCCGUCGGCGCUACAGAGAAAUCAUCGAGGCUGAGAAGAACAGGAAGGACAGUGAUGAAAGCUGGGACUGGAUGGAAAAGAACCACUGAGACUUGCAGUGGGGGGGGGGGGGGGGGGGGGGCCCCACAGGAGCCAGUGAGAUUAGGGAUUGGGUCAGGAAAGAUCCAAUAGCACGUGGUCUUGAAGCCCAGCCGCCCCAGUGGCACCAGGCCCUUCAGUCUUCCAUAUGUGGAAGAGAAGAACAUUCUCCAUAUUUUUUGGAGACUCGAUAUUUUUUUGUGGGUGGGGGUCCAGGAAACAGGCUUCUGAGGUGACAGUGUGGCUUGCCAGAGGACACUUGCUGCGGAAUUCAGCUAAUCUCAAAGGAGGUAACUCCCAGCCAGCGAGAGCCGAGCUGUUGAUGGAGACCCACAUCCGUACGGGGAUGUGGAGACGGCAUGAAUACUGGUGGACAACAAAACCCUCAGGGCUGUGUUACAUAGCAAAUUUAUUUUUAUACAUACACUUUAAGCCAUAUUGUAUAAAACUGGGCUUUGUGAGGAGAUGGGGUUUUGAAGGCCAUUAUAAACAUGCUGUAUCUACAGUAUGUUUUCCUAAAAGCACUGAUGUUUGAUAAGAAUGAAUGCCUUGGCUCCAUAGCUUUACUUUUUAUGCCAAAGAUAUGUCAUGUAUAGUUUAUGAUUGGAGUCGUUUGUAUAUUUAGUUCUUCCCGGGAGUGAAAGAUUGUAUCUUUUCUGUAUCAUUUCCGGCCUAUGAAUAUCUGUUUUAUACAUAUGACUGCCCCUCCCUCCCACAGAUAAUCAGCCUGAGCUAAUUCUGUGUUUUAGACUCUCACACACAGUGAUUAAAAUGCUGUGUCCUCAUGUAAUCCGUUAGUGUUGUCAGCGUGGUCUCAGAGGUGCUGAGCGCCCAUGAAAGCGCUCUCUGAGGUCAUUAGGAGCUAGUUCAGGAUGUGGUAAUCAACCGCGCUACAGAGUUCUCUAUUGAGACUUUAUUUGCCGCGGUCCCUUCAUUAUCCACGCGUUAACAUGCAAGGGGAUGGGUUGUGAAUUAUAGCAUUCACAUUUUAAGCUUUGUGACUUUCCGUAAGCAUUCCAUUUGUUAUGGUCUUGCUUUUAACCAUUUGUUUGUAGGUGAGAAGGUUGAUACAAUUUAGUCGGAUUUAAAUUUGAAUCUUUACUCUCUGCGAUGCUUUGAAAUAACCAUAGACUGUAUAUAAAUAUGAAUUUGUCACCACUUCCUUCCACUGUUCAGAAAUGAAGCCAAAGAUGAAAAAAGUGGAAAUGCUUUUUGGGGUGCAGUAGAUUUAUUUGCUGCAGUACCACAAGUGGCCUAUUGGAAAAAUUGGCUGCAAGGCUGAGCAACUUUCCUAGAGACCUGGUUCCCGCUCAUACACCCAUCCAACCAAUUGUGAGCAGCGCCAUUGUACAUGGAUUGGUACACACAGCUGAUUUUUUUUUGUUUGGCACAUGGUCUAUUUGCUAUUAUGGAGGGGCGGGGGUUAAUAACCCAUACUGCAGCCAAUCACCAAGGGGCAAACAAGAUGUUUUGGCUUACUUUUGAGGUGCUGUCUUGUUGUCCAUACUUAUAUACAGUCUAUGGAAUAAGUUUAUGCUUUUAAAGUGCAAUGCGUAGUAGAGUGAAUUAUCUAAAGCUGCUUUUGCAAGAAACUAUUGCUCAGGUAUGCAGCUGACUUUUUACACGGACCCCUAAAAGCUUCCAGGGUCAAUUGCAGACUGAAAUACUGUAAGAUACGGUUCACUAUACGUCAUGACACAAGACCUGAUCAUGAUUUAUUUCCAAACCCUCUCUGGACUUCACCUAUGCGGACCAUAUUUGAUUUUACUAUUAUGUUAUUAGGCAUUGGGUUUUAGUGUGAAAUGUGAGAUAGAUUUCUCUCCACGGCCAGAUGAAAGUUAGUGAUGAGAGUCCACCUACAGUCAUUUAUAGGGGCCCAUGGUAUGAGUAAUGCCCUAAAAAUAGUUGAGAAUGUGCUGCACUCAAUCACUACACAUAAAUGAGCUCUUUGGGGCCCAUGGGAAAAGCUCAUUUUAAGUCAGCAUGGAGGAAUGUCAGCUCCCUGAAAAUCUGCCACUAUUAAAGUUCACAGCUCCUCGGUACUCACAUUCUUACCCCACAUGUUCUUAAGAGUAUUUUAAAAGCUGGCUUUAACUGUGAAUGGAAUUUUGCAGAACACAGUGAAUUAAAUUGUAUAUUGAAUUUCCCCAAAGAAGUAAGAUAUCAACUUUUAUAUAAAUUUAAAAAGCUUUAUUGCAAAAUUGCAUGACCAUUGGAUGAUAAAGAAUUCAAUAAAACAGAUAAUUUAGGGUGAAAACCUGCAGUCUCAUGAAUUUUAGAUAAUACUGCUUAAGACUGAAGUCAGAUUUAAAUGUGCAAUGCC